GGAGAGGCAUAGAGCUCCUGAUUGCUCGUUGUGUUCCCCCCCCCUCUCUCUCUCUCUCUCUGUUCUCCUUGUGGAGCUUCUUUAAUGACGAAACUCGCUAUUACUUGAUCUGCAUUUAAGCCUGCACCUUGGCUGUUGUGUCUGCUUAGCGAUUCGAUCGAUUUUUCUUCGAUCUUAACUUUAGGAAUCUAGGAGGGAAGAAAAAAAAAUGUUGGACGGAUUGCUUGGCCGAGGUUUCACCUCGAAAUGUAAAUCGUCGAUCAAGCUUAUAAGUGCUCGAAUCGAUGUAAUUCGAAGGAAGAGGAAGGCAAUGCAGAAGUUUCUCAAGAAAGAUGUUGCAGAUCUACUCGGGAACGGCCUCGACAUUAAUGCCUAUGGCAGAGCUGAAGGACUUCUUGUUGAACUGAACCUUUCAUCCUGUUAUGAUUUAGUGGAGCAAUUUUGUCUUUGUAUUUUGAAGCAGAUUUCGGUCAUGCAAAAACAAAGGGAAUGCCCUGAGGAGUGCAGGGAGGCCAUCCCAUCUCUAAUGUUUGCUGCUGCAAGAUUUGCUGAUUUGCCAGAACUUCGUGACCUCAGACAAUUAUUUUCUGAGAGAUAUGGGAAUUCCUUGGAAUCUUUUGUGAACCAAGAGUUUGCCGAGAAGAUGGCUGCAAAGCCUCCUACAAAGGAAAAGAAACUUCAGCUGAUGCGAGACAUUGCAAAAGAGUUCUCUAUAAAGUGGGAUUCCAAGGCUUUUGACCAAAAGAUGUCUAACCCUCCUGCAGCUGUACAGGACCAAUCCAAGAAACAGGGGUUUUUUCAUGGCAGUGAUGAUGGAUACAAAUUGCGCAAGAUGGAGGAUACUGUCCCAGAAAUAGACACCCAGGAUGUUUCAUCACGAGGAAGGAGGGAACUCACCCAUGAUGGGUACAAAUCACAUAGCCACAGGGAAGAUACUGUUCCAAAGAAAGAUAACCAAGCCAUCUUAUCUAAUGGAAGACGGGAAUUCAGUGAUGAUUCAUCACGAGGAAGGAGAGAACAUGGGUACAAAUCACAUAGCCACAGGGAAGAUACUAUUCCAAAGAUAGAUAACCAUGCCAUCUUAUCUGAUGGAAGACGGGAAUUCAGUGAUGAUGGGCGCAAACCGCACAAUAGCAGAGGAGAUAAUCAGGAUGUUUCAACUCGAGGAAGACGAGAGCUGACUGAUAAUGGAUACAAAUUGCGGAAAGAAAGAGAAGAUAUCAUGUCAAAAAGGGACAACCAUGAUGUCUCAUCUCGUGGAUGUCAGGAAAUCACUAGUGACAAACACAAGCCAUACAGCAACAGGGAGGAGGAUAGUCUGUUGAGGAGAGAACACCAGGAUCUUUCAUCUCAUGGAAGGCGGGAAGUUAGUGAUGCUGGUUAUAAACCAAAAAGAGACAACUUAUAUGGUUUGGCUGAUGGAGGAUGGGAGCACACUAAAGAUACACGCAAACAGUGUAAUGGUGGGGAGGACACAGUCCUUGAAAAUUACAAUGGAGGCAUUUCUACUCAUGGCAGAGUGGGAGUUACUCCCAUUAGUACAAGAAGACGGCAGGUGAAGACAGAUGGUAUUGAUGUUUCUGUUGCUAUUGCUGGUGAUAAACAGAAUGGUUCAAAGAAUCAUUCAUAUUCGAUAAACAAAUUUACUGAGGAAAAUACAGAAACCCUGAAGCCAUUCUGUAAUAAUAUUGUUCCUCCUCCUUACAUCAAACCAAGAGAAACCAAGUAUGGAACCAAUUCAGAAGCUCAGAGGACCAGUUCUGACAAUAAUGAAUUCUCUAGUGAUCCUCCAAACAGCAACAGAGAUGUUAUGAGAAAGAACUCAGAGAGGACAGAGAAAAGAUUAGACCGUGUUGACUACGCUGCAAGGGUGAAUGGUUAUGGGGAUGAGAAAGAUCAUCAUUGGAAUGAUUUGGUUGAUGAUGCAAAGCCAAAGCCAAAAUCAGUUCGAAGGAGACAUUUGAAACCACCACCAGGUCAUGAAAUUGUCAAUUCUGAACGUGAAGAAGCUGCAAAGAGAAAUCCGAGUGUCAGAAAAGAAGAUGCAAGGCGGGGCCUCCAAACCUUAUUUGAUGAUGACUCUGAUUCGAAGUAUGAAGAGGAAAAGAUAGAUAAACUAUUGUUACACUACAGUAAGAAGCCAUCAACCUAUGAACCUAGCAAGAUGAGGAAGGGAUAUAAAGCUCCUCCUUCACAUGACACUGCAGCUGAUGCCAGCCGACGCCCACGCCACAGAAGAAGAGAUGAGGCACACUUAAACACAGGGUUGGGUCAUCCUCCUGCUCGAGCAGUUUCACUCCCACCAGAACCAACAGCCCCAACUGAGUUGCCAAGGGCCCCUGCUCGUGCCAGUUCCUUUCAGCCUGAUGGACAUGCUGGGCAUGUCCAUCCUAAGCUGCCAGACUGUGAUGAUUUGGCAGCUCGCGUUGCAGCUCUUAGAGGGAUGUAGAGGUUUACAUAUGCUUUCUCUUAAUGGCAUUGUGAGUAGGGUUUAAUCCUUGUGAAUUGGGAUUUAGUGUGGUUAUGAUUCU